UAGAACCCACUUUUGGAGUGCGACAGAAACCAUUUCUCGCCGCGAUUUCAGUCUCCGGCGACCGUCGUUUCCACUUUCCCAUCUCUCUCUCUCUCUCUCAGUUUUAUAAAGCUAUUGAUUUCUGGGCCAUAUCUUCGGUUUUUUUUGUCUCUGUUUUGUUCCGCAGUAAUUCCAUCUUUUUUCUUCGGAGCUCGAAGUGAAACACAAGUGGCCGGGAAAGUCAGGCUGAGCUGGGACAGAGCGGAGGGCUUGGCAUGAUGGGAUUUUGUAUAUGCCCGUUACAGACGCCCGCGAGGUUGCUCUGGACCACAAGCUUCUUCCGCCACAAGCUUAUGAUUUUCUAAUCCACCCGGCCUAUAUACUACCAACCACCACAAUUCUACGUAUAGUACAGUUAGUACUAGAAAAGCACCGGCCACCACCACCGGCACCGCGCCAUACGAAAGCUUUUCUUUUGUCUCCUCUCGCCGGGGAAGACCAAACGUGUCGACGAAGGGUUGGAUCAUGGAGUCUGGCCACCUUUUCUUCGACUCUUCGGCUUGCCAUCGCGGCAACAUGUUGUUCCUCGGGAAUUGUGAUAAUAUUUUCCGAGGAGGAACAACGAUGAUGGGCAUGGAGGAAACUUCUAAGAGGCGACCAUUUUUCAGCUCGCCGGACGAACUCCUCGACGAGGAUUAUUACGACGAGCUGUUGCCGGAGAAGAAGCGCCGCCUCACUCCUGAACAGGUGCAUCUGCUGGAGAAGAGCUUUGAGGCAGAGAACAAACUGGAGCCUGAUCGAAAAACCCAGCUGGCCAAAAAGCUGGGGCUGCAGCCAAGACAGGUGGCUGUGUGGUUCCAGAACCGCCGGGCUCGGUGGAAGACAAAGCAGCUGGAGAGGGACAAUGAUUUCCUCAAAUCCUCCUAUGACUCACUCCUCUCUAAUUAUGACUCUCUUGUCAAAGAGAAUGAGAAGCUGAAAUCUGAGUUGGUUUCCUUAGCUGAAAAACUUCAAGCAGAAGACGUGGUGGGAGCAGCCAUUUCAGCUCAAAAGUUUGACCCAUUUCCAGGGGAUAUAACCCAUGUUUCGACCCUCCAAGUCAUUGUGAAGGCUGAGGACCGCCUGAGUUCUCGGAGUGGGGAGAGUGCGGUAGUGGAUGAGGACGGUCCACAGGUCAUGGACAGCGGAGAUUCUUACUUUCCAAGUGACAACUACCCCUACUGUGUUGCUCCAGUGGAUAUGGUCCAAUCAGAUCAGGAGGAUAACAAGAGUGGUGAUGGCCGUAAUUACUUCCCAGAUCAUGAUCAAGAUCAACACCAUGGGGAGGAAGAACCUUUGAGUUGGUGGAUGUGGUCUUAAAAUGUGCUUAAAGCUAAUGGCUGGGUGUCGUUUACUGGCUUUUUAACAUGUCAUAUAUUCCAAUACUAGUUUGCUCGAGCGGAAAACUAUCUCGGAAACUAUUUACUGUGGUUGAAAAAAACAUAAGUUUAGUUUAGUGGCUAAGAUCCUAGAACUGAGAUCCCCGAGUCGAGUUAAUGAAUAAAUCAAGUCAGUGUCGUCCUGUACGUACUUCUAUGCCAAUAAGGAGUAAAAUUCUGGUUGAACUCUC